GCUUUCAGAUUUAAGAGAGAAAGUGAGCUGCGGAAAAUUCUCCAGUAUUUUGAUUCUUAGGAAGGCAUAUGACACUUUGUUUCCUAUUCGUUGGGUCUCGUCUCACGGAUACCAACAUAGCUAUCACACCAUGACACCACGUCAUAAGUUCGCCACUCCUCUUUUUUCAUCUAGUUCCAGGGCUAGCAGUGUGCAGAAUGACAUCCGUAACGUACAUGCAAGCAACUAAGCCGCUGUUUGGGAGAGAUGGUCUAUGUCGCGAUGAAGCAAUCAUGUCUGGAUUAUAUAUGCUGAUGCCAUCGGACGCAAACUUAGGCAACAGUAGUCAAACUGGUGAAGACAUCGUACGUCGUUGUCUCCAAAAAAAACAAACAGAUUUCAUAGACGUAGGAUAGAACUGAACACAGCGAAGCUCUGUAAACCCGAUUUUAGGGGUUUACAUAGAUAUCACAAUAGCACGAAAGUUGGUGUGUGCCACCCUGAUCUUCGAUAUACUGUUAAGUGUCUCAUUCGUCAUUUCUGCUGGGACUCACACUACCUAAAUACAUGAGCUUAUCGUUCACCUAAAAUGGUUAUUCCGAUAAUUGUUGCUAGUGCAGAAUACAGUCUCCAUCAUUUGAUCUCCAGUUUUCUUAUUUUUACCUAUCGCUUAUGAAUCUAGACACCUGAUCUGUACACGCAAAUCCUCAGUUAGCGGUCUUAUAAUUGUCGUGCGCGCUUGGUUGAGAUGAAAAUAGAACCUAUCCUUGAGUGCAUUCGGGCUGCAGGGUGUCGGCGUAUAGGCAAGUAUGACGGAAAUCUAACACUUUCUAACCCUUUCGCACUACGAUACAUCAAUUAAGUAGGACACCAGUGCUUUAGGGACACCAAAUAAGCGCAUAUAAAACAUACAGGUGCAUUUAAAGAUGCCAUCGUUGGAAAAUAAUUAUCCAGGAGCAGCUAGUCUCAUUCAGGAUAUUGGAAAGAAAAUGGCUAUCAGUCUCCGUGGUGGCCGAAUGUUUAUUGGAUACCUGAGAAUAAUCGAUCAGUUCGGAAAUGUUGUUCUUCAUCAAGCUGUGGAACGUAUUCAUGUGGAGAAAAAAUUCUGCGAUGUUCCCCAAGGCAUUCUACUUAUUAGGGGUGAAAAUAUUAUUAUUAUUGGAGAACUGAAUCCAGAAGUGGACAUUGAUGAGAAGUUGCAGAGGGUUUCAGAAGAAGAGAUAUACAAACUGCAACAAGAACAGACAGCUGCCCGCAAGGAGUUGGCCAGAAAACGUGCUGAGUUGUUUGCUUUGCGUGGAUUAGGUUUCCAAGAAUUUGGAGACAUAAUGUUUGAUGAUGCAUAACUUUAGCAAUAUCUUCGCAAAUAUUGAUGCACAUAUCAAUAUAUAAUACUGGAAACAGUUGUUAAAUCAUCCACUCAUGUACAUAUAUAAUCAAACGCGUUGUUAGGACUGAACGAAUACAAAUAUCAGUUCGAUAAAUUGGACGGUUUUUUAUGCGCUAUAAUGUCAUAUCCAUAACUCCUGUCCUUCUAAAUCUACAGUAAACACAAUAUAUGUUGAGAAGUCAUAGUCUGUGUAAAUUGUUUCCAGUAACAUUGAUAUAAGAGCAGAAUUUUUGAAAUGUGUUGGAGUGUGAUUGCCUCGUAGAUUAACUUAAUUUGAUAAAACUCGGUAAUACACUAUCAUUUGCUGGUGUCGUUUCGGGCACAAUUAAGUGCUAGUAGUUACUUUAAGGCACACACGAAAGUCAAACUCUGUAUAUAGACCCACUUAUAAUUUGUCUGCUUUUUUAUUGGAAAUAAUGACUCCCAAGUCAGUAAUUUGCUCGCUCGAAAUCACGCGCUUAGUGAUCGGUCAAAG